CGUACCGACAGAGUACUGUGGCCACCGAAACUAAUCAAAAGGGCCGUCCAAACACCUGAACCAUCAAUCGGGUUUAUGAGUGAAGACGAUCAAUCAAGCUGGUGGUUAACCUUCGGGAAGAAACGCGGAAGUGUAAUUCACCGUCGACGCUUUUUUUCGUUUUGUUUGACUUAUUAUCGGUGACAACAUGGCUGAAUGUAACAUUAGCAUCGACCAGAAAAGACUACCUGGAGUCAAAGAGGUAUGCCGAGACUUUGCUGUGCUGGAGGACCACAGUCUGGCCUACAACCUCCAAGAACAAGAAAUUGAAAGCCACUUGGCAUCCAACGUCCAUAAGAGCCGUCUGGUGCAGCAGGACCUGCAGGUGGCCAAGAAGCUGCAGGAGGAGGAGGAUAAGAUAGCCAAUGUCCAGACCAAGAAGCAGUUUGGUGAAAUUGAGCGUCAAGAUGUUGAGAUAGCCCAGGAAAUUCAGGAACAACUGGUCCGACAGGCAGAACAGCAGCGGCAGCAAGAAGAGAAGGAUGCGGCCAUAGCCCGCAAGCUGCAGGAGAAGGAGAUGAAAGAGGAAAGGAAGAGACAGAAACAUCUGGAAGCAAACUUUGAGGAGGAGUACUUUGAGGAUCAUGGAGCUGCAAGAAAGCCACGUGACUUGGACAAACAUACCCGUCACAAAUCUAGUACUAAUUCCCCGGGCCGAUAUGAUGUGUAUGCCCCAGUGAGCUCACACCGUGAUUACUCCCCAGAUUACAGCUCAACUGAGCCAAAAAGAAGCAGGUACCCAAAACAGGACCCGGCAGCACCCCACAGCCACUCCAGAUAUCCUGAGCACUACCUUGUGGCAGAGGGAGGGCGGAGCAGGCAUGCAGAUCCAUACCCAGAACACCUACUGCCCUCUAGAGGCAAGCAUGGGGACAGGUACCCAAAUUAUGAACCCACAGAGACUGGCAGAGCCAGGGGCCCACAGGGUGACAACACAGAGAGAGUGGUGAGGAUGAAAGAAAGACCAGUCAGACCACCUCUGCCACAGUACCCAGAACAGAGAGACAAGGAAUGGGUCAGAGAGAAGGACAGACACAGGGGCAGGGACCUGGAACUGGAAAGACAAAUGGGAAAAAACCAAAGGAGGGACAGGGAGCAGGACCUGAGGGGGGCGAGAGCGGGAGGAAGAGACAGGGAAAGAUCCAGAGAUAGAGGACAGAGUGGGGACAGACACAGAGUAAGAGACAGGCAGAGACAGAGAGAUGAACAAGUGAGAACCAGGAGCAGGGAGAGACGACUCGAUGAGGACGUCUCAGAGCGUGUCCCGAGGGAGGGCAGGGCGUCCUGGGAGGAGGAUGAUGAUGAGAGGGAGAGGAGGGCCAGGGGUCGGCAGCGUGUCCACUCCAAUCCCGAAGAAGUCUUUGACGAGUACAGGAGCAACGAAGGGAGAGGGCACACCAGAGACUUCUGGGACCCUAGGCAGGGGGAGGGUCCCAGCAGGGAACGCAGUCAUACUCACCCCGAUGGAGAGACAGGUCGAAUUGUGCACAAAGGGAGUGGAGCAGUAAUAAAAGAAACUGAGUAUGGACUCAGCGAGGCCACCAAGGGGCUGACUAAGCUGGAUCUCCGUGACCAGGAGCUGAAGGACAUGGAAGUGGCCAGGAGAAUGCAGGAGGAGGAAAUGAAGGCGAGUAAGAGCCAUGUGCGUGCAGCCCAAGUGGCGCAGGAUGAGGAAAUCGCUCGACUGCUGAUGGAGCAAGAGAAAAAGGAGUACAGGAAGAACCGAGAGCACGAAAAAGAGAAGGAACGAGAGAGGGAGAGGUUGGCUAUGGACAGGAUGGCAAUGGAAAGGAGGCGACCAGAGGGAGACUACAGGCCGAGUUCGGAGGAUGUUGUCCGGCCCCGAACACGAGAGGAUUAUGAACACCAGAGGCAGAGGAACCACAACAAGCCUGCCAGGCCUCCUCAGCCUCGCACACAUGACUAUGAGAAUGUGAACGCUGGCUACGGCCACCCAGACCAUCCGAUUCCCCCUCGUGCUCCCACCAGACCUGAGGCUGCUUACAAAGGUGCCUAUUACAAGCGGUGACUCAGGCUCUCAACCAUGUCCAGACGUGCUGUCAGUCCUCUUGUGUCCCCUCUUUUAUUUAUCUUUUUUGUUUUCGACCAUUCACACUCUGUUGACCAAAAGCCUUGGGACAAGCUAAUGAGUUGGCGAUUGGAUUUUUUUUUUUUUUAAAUUGUAUUUUUUAAAUGCCCUCCAAAGUUGUCUGUGAGUGCUGGAACCUCACUCAUCUUUUCCUUUUUUUAAUUUGUAAAUUGUGAUUAUCAUUAUUUCUUUUAACUGACUCGAGAUCAAGACAAGCCAAAACAGCAGCCUUGUGACAUUACCUCCCUCAGUUCUUCUUCAAAGCUGUUGAAAUAGAGGAAGCGGCUCCUCUCUCGCUGUGGUCAUCAUGUGCUGAUGUUCGUCCCAUCACAAGGGCUCAAGGCCUCCGCUGGAUAUAACCAUGCAAUCUCAAAUCCCUCAUGACUCUCUCUCUCUCUCUCUCUCUUCAUGGGAUGUGCCUGUUUGGUCCAACAUGGCUGCUACAGUGUCUUAGAUACCAACAUGGCAGCUGCUUUGUACACCCGUGAUGCAGUUUUCUUUUCCCGUCAUGCUGUGCAACGAGGCUGCACAGGCCCUUCUCAUGUGCCACAUGACUCUGGAGGGGUACGUCUCUGUUGCUGUAUUCACAAAAAAACAUAAAUGAGCCUUCAUCAAGAUGCUGGUAGUUUUGGCUUUGACAUGUUUGCCACAGUGUGAUGAUAAAGGGACCUUUUAAACUGGCUUUAGGCUUCUGCUUGAGGGGAGCACUUUUUAACUCCAUUGCCCUUAACAUGAAAUUGGAAGGAUGAUACUCUGUGUAUGACUCACUGUUUCUAUGUGCAUGCUUACUGAAAGUGUCUAACUAUGUACAUGCAUUUCAACUCAAUAUCAAAUUAUCCGGCUCCCUCUUUAUCACAAAGGGCUAAAGCCACAAAAAGCCAAUAAUCUUCUCUUUGAGUAAAAUAUGUGCUAGUUAAUAUACUGCUGUACAAUAUAUCACAUUUCUGAUACAUUUUCAUAUCAGCUUAUUUACAAACCAAAACUGGUAGCCAUUUUGUGCUAAGCCCAUGAAAGUACCAAAAUGAAAUGCAUGUACAUUGCUUGUCUGUGUCCAUCCUGAAGUCGUGCUUGUGCUAACAGCACAUACAUUGUGUGAUUGAAUAUUUGCUCUUUUUUAAUUUAAAUGUAAAUAUAUUUUCUGUAUUUCUUUUACUCGUGUUACCAAAUCAUGUGGAAAAUACAAUAUUCUGUACAGUCCCCUGCACCUUGUGUCCCACUAGUUAUCUUUGUUUAGAAAGGGAGCCUUAUAUUAUUUUUAUACAAUAUUUUCCUCACAUUGUUUUCUCAGUUUUUAUUCUCCUAAGCUUUCCUGCUGUCACUUCCAGUCCUCCUCUCAUUGUCUCAAACUCAAAGGCAGACUUCACUUCCUGCCUUCAGAAAAAGAAAACACUCCCACAAUAGAAGUGCAUCUGGAAGGAGAGAAAUUCAAUGGAUCCACUCGAAAAAAGUGACAAAGUACAUGUUAGUGCUCAAAGGGACCUAUUGUAGUGUUUUUACUGCUUCAUAAUUUGUAAUUUUCUGUUCAUAUUGAAUAAGGAUAGUGUGCAGUGAAUAAUCUAAGAGCACAUUGAAGCUCUUGGGUUUACUGACUGGCCACAUUGCUACUUCCAAGUCCUCACAUUGUAAUAAAUGUCACUGAAAUUCUAAAGCAAAUUUUAGUUUUCCCCAAGUGUGAGAUGUUUGUAUUGCUGAGGACAUGCAGGUGUUAUUGAAUUUACAAUAUGUGCUAGUAGCUGUUGACAGAACGGGAUAUGUGCCAUAUGUUGAAUUUUUUUUCAGGGAUUUGAAAAUAGGAGGAGUUUAAAGCUGUGGUGGUUGUAGCAGACCUGCCACACCCACCAAGGUGGGACUUCUAAUUUAUUCUUUUGUGAGAGCACCACCAUGUGGACAUGUUGACAAUUACAGGAAAACUAACAGAAAAUGGAUCUGAUCAGGAUGUGUCUUUUAUUGUGUAUUUGUGGAUGUUGUGCAUCAGACAUUCCUUUGGAGUCGUGUGCCGUAGACAUCAAACAUUGAGUGUUAGAUUUUAAAUUUUCUUUAAUCUGGGGCUUGUAUGCAAUCAACCAAUCAUAAAUCAACACAUCUGUGUUGAAACAUGCUGUAACAGAACUUUUUUUUUUUUUUUUUUUUUUUUUUAAAUAAAAUUAAUUAAGU